AUGGACAGACUGGUUAAGCCUGACGUGAAUGAAGUCAACCUCUUCUUCACCAGAGCCCAAAAGUGCACUGCAACGUUCAAGCUUACCAACCUCAUGCACACCAUGUCUGUUGCUGUUUCUCUCUCUACAACUAACCCAUCCACUUUCUCUCUCACCCAUCCUCUCUCCAUCCUCCCUCCUCUCUCCACCUCCACUUUCUCUCUCCUCCUCUCCCACCCCUCCGACCACCCACCUCUAUCUUCCCCUGCCGACACCGUCCUCGUCCGCUCCUCCAUGCUCCCCGUCGGCAAAGCCAAUCAGGAGGAUCUCCGCCGUCUGUUCGCCAAGCCUGGCCCACACGUUUUCAAGGAUGCCGCCAUCCCCAUCUCCCUCGUCGGCCCUCACGUCGUCGAAUCCCUCCUCUCACCUUCCCCCAAAACCCUGGAAACCACUUUCCUGUUCUCCAAAGCGAUUGGGUAUUGCGAUGAGUUUCAGCUCAAUUCGCUGCUGAAAUUGGCCAUCGCGAAUGCAAACUCUCAACUCGUCUCGGCUUUAAUCGACGCCGGAGCAGAUCCGAACAGCAGAGACUCCGAUGAACGGUCGGUGAUGUCUCUCGCAGUCCGAUCCGGCGACGUCGAUGUGGUUCGGGUCCUGAUCGAGUCUGGAUGUACAAUUCAACACCCAAUUGAUCGAUUCUUGCACGAAGCAGCAGAGAUGCAGAGAUUGGAUUUAAUGAAGGUUUUGUGUCUAGGGUUCAAAGAAAUCGACGUGAAUUCAAUCGAUUUAAAUGGUCGAACACCACUUCACAUCGCAGCCAUUCAUGGAAACAUCGAAUUGCUUCGUUUUCUAGUUUCAAUCGGAGGAGACACUGAAAUCGCAGACUGUAAUGGAUGCACUCCUCUCCAUUGCUGUGCUUCAAAUGGUCACACUGAAACAGUGGAGUUCUUGUUGAACUGUUCAUCAUAUACCAAAUACGCUCUGAACAAAGAAGGAAAAACAGCUUUUGCAAUGGCGGUCGAAAAGGGUCACUCUCAAUUAUACGAUAUUUUGCAUUUGGGUGAUGUGUUGCUUCGUGCUGCGAGAUUGGAUGAUGUUCAUGGGAUGAAGAAUUGCAUAGCUGAAGGUGGAAAUGUGAAUGGUAAGGAUCAGAAUGGUUGGACCCCUCUGCACAGAGCUGCAUUCAAGGGUCGGAUCGACAGCGUGAAGCUCUUGCUCUGCCAUGGAGCUCAGGUUGAGCUCGUGGAUGAUUCCGGUUACACGGCACUUCACCGUGCUGUGGAGGCAGGGCAUGUGCAGGUUGCUCUUUGUCUGAUUGCUCAUGGUGCUAAAGCAAAUGUGAAGAGUCUCAAAGGUGUGGUUCCUUUCAAUUUGGAUUGUUUCAAGAACCAUCCUUCUCUUGUCACUCCUUUGUGUGAAGAUAAAGGGCUAAAAGGCUAG